GGAAAACCUUAUGCAAUCAAAUUAUUCAAUUAUAAAUACUUAGUUGCUGCAGUUUAUUAUGAGUAGAAUGUGAAAAGAGAUGAUUGUGCUCUGGAAAUGUAUUGCAAGAGAAAGGUUUUAAAAGCAAUUGCUUUGUCUGGUGUGCAAGAUGUAAACCGAUGUCAGAGUCUUCAACAUUUCCUAUAUUUGGCAUGUCCUUUCCCAAUUUCAGCUCUACAGCAAAUUUCUCGGCAUAAGUGGAAUUCAGGAGUAAUCAAUAAGGAAAUCACAAAAAUUUCAAACCCUCAUAGUUUAGUUAAGAAUGAAUUGACAGAAAUUAAUACUCAAAUAAUUAAUGAGUUAUCAACUCCACUGCAACCACUUAAAGAUAUAACACAGUAUUAUUUUGACAACAAGGGAAAGCUGUUUCGGCCAACAGUUAUUUUAUUAAUGGCACAAGUGUCCAACACGCACCUGCUGCAAGAUCUUCAAAAACGUUGUGUAUCGAGUUGCCAAAAGACUGUAGCUCAAGUGGCAGAAAUGAUUCACACGGCAAGUUUAGUUCAUGAUGAUAUUGUUGAUAUGGCUGAAUCACGAAGAGGGAAGGCUUCAACGCAUCGUGUCUGGGGUGAAAAGGAAGCUGUUUUAGCUGGAAAUUAUAUAACGUCACGAGCAACAACUGCGUUGGCAAGACUUGGUAAUGUCGAAGUUAUUCAUUUGUUGGCUAAAGUUUUGGACGAUCUGGUACGAGGUGAAUUCAUGCAGAUGGGAUCGCGAGAGAAUCCAGAUGAACGAUUUGCGCAUUACUUGGAAAAAACAUUUAAAAAAACAGCAAGUUUAUUGGCCCAUACUUGCAAAGCAGUUGCUCUUUUAGCAAACGCUACUAAACAGCUUCAAGAUGCUGCUUUCCAGUAUGGAAAAAAUCUUGGAAUGGCAUUUCAGUUAGUAGACGACAUUUUGGAUUUUGACUCCACUGAAGAGGCUCUGGGAAAACCAGCCGCCGCUGAUCUUCGACUCGGUCUUGCUACUGGACCUGUUUUAUUUGCCAGUGAGGAGUUUCCGGAAAUCACUGCGUUUAUAAUGAGACGGUUUCAAUGUGAAAAUGAUGUUGAAGAGACGUAUCGAUUGGUCAGACAGAGCACUGGUAUUGAAAGAACGAAAAGUCUAGCAAGACAACAUAGUAAUGAAGCAAAGAGACAGCUUUCAAAAUUUUGUCCCUCUCCAGAAAGAGAUGCUUUAGUACAAAUGACGGAAAAUCUUUUGAAACGCCAACGUUAAACGAACAAUAACUCGAAUAUCAUUUUUCUGUAAAUACUUAUUCGCGAAUGAACAUCUUUUGCGUAGCAUUUAUAUGAACUUAUUUUAAAAUUUUAUUGCUUUUAUUAAAAUUGGUCUAACAAAA